AUGUCCUACUUCAUACCAUCGAUAUCGCGUAGAACGCACUCUAUGGAUAUAGGAAGGAUAGCUCUAGCUGAUCAAGUCACAGGAUCAGAUAAUGACGUUUGGAUAUCGAUCGUUAAUGUUGUCAUUCUAUGCUUGACAAUACUCGGAUCAGGUAUGAUACUGAUAUCCAUGUUCGUACUUGAACGAAUACGUGGUAGACCAGGUACGACAAGGACGAGGAUCGUACAAGCUCUUAUUGUCAGCGAUUUCUUAUUGGGGAUUGUCGGUUUGAUCAGUUCAUGUUUAUUCUUAGCGGGAGAUGGGAGUGCCAUCGCUCAUGGGACUGUUUCGUGUGAUGGAUUGGGUUUCUUAUUGACCGCUAUACUGUGGACUGAACAUGGCUGGACACUCAUAUUGGCCUUUGCUACGUUCAUGAUCCUCAUCUAUCCCUUGCAUUGGUUCACACUCUGGAUGGAGCAGAGGUGGUAUUUCUUAUGGGCAUUUGUCUGGGUCGUGUCUAUCGCUGUCGCUAUCUUGGGAUAUGAGUUAUUUGGAUUCUACCCUUCGGGCGGUACAUGUUUUUACGGUGCGAACGCAGGUCUGUAUUCGGAAUUAAUGCAAUUCAUUCCAAGAUGUGUGGUUUGUAUUGUUAUAACCGUGUUAUAUGCCAGACUAUACGUGUUCCUCAAACGACCUGAUAAGAUUAGAUUGCCCGGAUCCAACUCUGCUACGGGGGGACCAUACGAGACUGUCAGUUCGACGAGUAACAAGGAUAAAGGUGAUUUCAGGGAACGAUUCGGUUCGUUGAUUAGCAAUGGACCUUUUAGGAGGAAAAGAGGAAGUAGCGGUGAAGUGUUAUCGGUCCUGCCUGAAGGUCAAUCGAAUAUUUCCUCUUCAUCUAGCACUGAUCCACCUCCUGUGAUUAAAGAGAAAGAGAAAGAACCGACCAGGAGAAACUCGGGAUUUAGAAGACCUUCAUUCUCACCUACAAAAGAAGUACCACCAUGGGAAAAAUUGGAAUUACCCGCUUUCCAAGUAGACGGAGAACGAUUUGGUGGACCCUCACCUAGUAGUAUACCUUCAGGAUCGAUUUGGAAUGGUUGGAGGAGUGGACGGAAAAGAUCUUCAACUACUACUGUAUCUACCAAUGUUCAUUCGCCUUCAUCAAGGUUGAAUUCCAUUUCAAAUUCGGUCAAACACCAAAAUCAAAAAGAAGAAACGAAUUUGAGAGGUACACCACCUGGAUUAUACGUUCCUAGAAUGCCAUCAAUACCUUCAGAAGAUCAUGUUGACCCUAGAAAUGCAAACAGAAACCAGGAUACUACCCAGUCACAGCAUAAAAGAGAAUCGACAGAUGAUACGUACAUUGCCCAAUCUUCUAUUGUUAGUGGUUCAGCUUUGACGGGAGCUGGCGAGAAGAAAAGAAAGAAAUCGGUUCAAUUACCAUCAUCACCUAAAAGUACAAUAUCUUCAAUAGAAAAUGGAAACAAACAUGGAUCUGGGCAAUCACCAAAACUAGAUUCGAGGCAAAGACCUUCAAUCACCAUUUCUGAAUCUAUUGAAUUGAGUCCUGGCGGGCUUCAAGUAGCUGAUCAAGCUCGACAAGAUGGAUCUGAACCUCGGCAGACCCGUUCAUCCGUUCAACCAUUACCUAAGAUCACAUUACCUCCACGCUCCGAUAAUCCCUGGUCGACCCUCGGUAGUGGUGUUGGUGGUGGUGGUAGAAGAUCAACACCAACUACACCUACAUUCUCACAACAGAAUUUCCAAUAUACCGCAUCGUCAACACCAGGAACUCCAGGGGCGUCAGGAAUACCAGCACAAAGUAGUAGACGAAUGUCGAAAAACGAUCGUGAUCGGACCGAUACUCAAGGAGAUAAUACCGAGGAUGAUGAAGAAUGGGAUCUAGCUAGGAUGUUAGCUCAGCCACCUCCUGGUUCGCACACCGCAGAUGAUAGGUUCGCACCUCGACAAAGUACGACGAAUAAUGGUGAAAGUUUUGAACUCGUACCGGAAUCGAUGUCUUCGUAUUUAAAUAGGAAAACGGCUUUAUUGAUGUUAUGGUUCCCUCUCGGAUAUUUGUUCUUAUUCUCUGUAUCGUUGAUACGUUUGAUCUAUGAUUUCGCGGGUCAUCCACCUGUAGGGCUCAGAGCGAUUUCCAAAUGGAUGAUCUUAGCUCAAGGUGUACUGGAUGCUAUCAUCUACGGAGUAGUAGAAUGGCAUACCAAACGAGUGGUUCGUAAGAAAGUAAGAAAAGGAACUUUCUCACCUCGUCAUGCCGCUGGCUCCGGUGGUGGUCGAGGAGGAACACCGGUCGGCUCGAAAUUGGGUUUCAAUGAAUUAUUAAAGAAUAUAGGAAGUAAAGUGACUGGAACAGCUUCAGCUCCAGGUGCAACAGGUAUACAAAGUAAGAAUGAUAGUGGUAGUGGUCAAGAAAUGAAAAACUUAUCAUCAUUUCAUCGACAAAAUGAAAAUCAAACUUCAUCAUUCCAUGAACCUCAACCUCAAUCUAAAAACCCACAAUCACGUUCCCUACCGACGACAAGCACAGGCACAGGGACAGGAUGGAAUCAUGAAUUCUCAAUGGGAUCCAUGGGAUCCAUACGUGAAGGUAUCCCUACUUCACCUAAUGGUAUACCCAUGUUGGAGGAACAGAUACAUACGAUAAGAGUAGAUGACGAGAGGAGAGGGUCAGAAAGUCCUUUAGGAGGUGCAAGUAGUCCUAAAUUAUAG